AACAGUUAUUAUGGCCUCGUAACGGCCGAUACGGUCCUAAAAAAACCAAUUGCCCCAUUUUACCCUCGUAUUGCAAUGGUCACAGCCGUUACUGAUAUGUAUCGGCCUUUAUGGCUGUAUCGUAAUGGAUAUGGAACACCUUGAAGGUUAGACAAACUAGAAGCCAAUCAAACUAACAAUCACAGUUUUUGGAAUCCUUUCUUAGGGACCGACUUCAAUGUGACAUAUCCCCAUCUCAUAAAGAUAGUUGGAGAGUAUCUAACAAAUAUUUCAAAUGCUAAUAUUCUAAAGCUCAUUUUCAAAUGUGUGUUAAGAUUCCCACUCACCAUUAGGGGUGAAAAAGGGUUGGGUUUGGGCUGUGUUAGGAUAUGUCAGAUUCUGGCCCAGUUAUUCAUCGGGCCGAAAUCUCAGGCUGUGGUGGGUCCAUUUAUUGAAUGGACCUUUGAUUUCAGUUCCAAGACCGCACAUUAACAUCAUAAAUAGGCCUGUACUUGGGCUGGGCCUUAACGACACUUUUGUAAAACCUAGGCCCAUUUAUUAAUCGAGCUGCACAAUUAGAUCCAUAUCCAAUGCACAUACCUCUAUUACGUGCCUUGUUCCAACAUAUGCCGGGAAAGGUCCUGAAACCCAAUGGGCUAGCCCAACCUAUCGCCACUCCUACCCGACAUUAGUGGAUGGUGGGAGAUGUAUGCCCCAACUUCCAGUGCACUGUGGUCAUAAGCUUUUUCCUUUUAUUUCUAGCAUGUUUGGUACCAGUUUUGCCAAAAAUAGCUGGUGCAUGGAGUAGUGUUGGUUAUUGCCAUGUUUGAAGGGGUUGACGGGGCUAACUUUGUCUGAAGUUUGGACUAAGUUGGGGUGGAAAACAGUAGUAAUUUUGCUGCUAGCCUAUUAAGAUGGAUGCUUGAAUUCAUAGAAACUAGCGUAUAUAUACAUCUGUUUUGUUAUGCACAUACAUAUGUUUUGUAUGAGAACAUUUCAUGUCAUUACAUUGCUUUUUAUGUUAAACUUCCACAUUGUAUGAAGAAUUGUACAAUCCUUGCCCCAGAGUAUGUACAACAUAUCAGGCUUCCGUUUUGACAACCGAGGCCCAUGGUUUAGUGAUCUAGACUUGUGGUUUUUUUUUUUUUUUUUUUAAAUGAUCGGUGAAGAUUUACUAGGAAAACAGGAAGAGAAACAACCAACAAGAACUGAAGAUCCUCAAUACAAGGCUCAACUAGGAGACUCCAUCUCUAGGUAGAUACAAGGCUCAACUGGGAGACUCCAUCUCUAGGUAGACCGUCAAGCCAUUGGCUUCUCUGUCUAUAUGAUUAAAUGAUGCUUUGUCUAAAGACUACAUUGUGGAUAUCAUAAAAGAUCAAAGCAAGUAUCCAAGGAAUGACCCACCAGAUGACGUUCUCCAAAUCAGCCUAUGCAACAAGUUUCCAGAGAAAGACAUAUAAAAAAAACCUGGAUACACUCUUUUAACAUUAAAGCUUACACCUAAGUCGAGACCCAAUGCCUGCUCGGGGCUGCUAAAGGUUUUAUUCAAGCCUAACUAUCGAUAGAUUGUGCCCCAAAAAUCUCCAGAUUGGAAGGCCUUUCUUCAGUUGAAUGUGGACAUUGGUGUAUGAUUCUUCUUAUCCGUCUAUUUGCAAGCCACAAACUGAAUGAUCAGGAUUGUUCUCUUGAGGAGAUUCUAUGUAAUGGCCCAUUCACAGUUAUCCUAACCAAUGUUCAAAGCAUUGGUUUCACUGGCUGCGGGUACAGAAACAAUAUUGAUAUCUCGUCAAUAAUAUCACGGAUAACAGGAAAUGCGGGGAAACAUAGGGGAAAUGGUGGAAUUUUUCAGCGAAACUUAAGGAGAUGCUAAAUACACAUAUUUGCAUAUUUAGGAAUCAAAAAAUUGCAAAAAGAAUGCAUACAUAAUAAGUUUCCAUUUAAUGUGAGCUCAAAAGCACGUGUUGUUGUAAGAAAUCAGUCCGAUCAACCCAUCCAUUCCAUCUAUCCUUCCAAACAUCCAUCGAUAUUUUAGAAUAUGGAUGACACACGAUGUUUUGCCAAGAAAUCGUUGACAACUGGAAAGGAAAUGAAAGAUUGUGGUCUUGAUAUCGCCCAUGUUAUGAUAACGAUAAUAUCAUGAUAUUAUCAAUAUUAUCGUCGACAAAUUGAACAUUGCAUACAACCAUGCACCCAUAAAAAUUUUGAAAUGAAAUUUUUUUUAGCAAACAGAUUUUGGCAAUAUUGAUACAUUGGCGAUAUUCUCGAAAUAUCGCAAAUACACUGGCAAUACAAGCAACGCUUGAAAUUUACAUAGUCGAAAAUAUUGGCGAUGUAUUGGCAAUACAAGUGACACUUGGAAUUUACGUAGUUAAAAAUAUUGACGAUACAUCGCCAAUACCUAGAAUUUCUGAUACUAGUGUUAUCGGUAUCACUGAGCUGGAGAUAUGGAUAAUAUCGGGGAUACUUCAAACAAUGGUCCCAUCUAAUGAUUGGUCCAGAUCACUAAAUCAUAGGCCCAACUUAUCCAAACUGAAAAUCCAAGUAUACUGUCUUCUGAGGUCAAGGUCAUCCUUCCAUGUAUUUAAAUGCAUGUUCAAGUAGACUAGAUAGUCUAGAUUAGAAAAGAAAUGAUCAUAUUGUUCUUUGGGUUUCAUAUCUCCUUUUUUGUAAUUGACAUUAAAUUCCUCACAGAAUGCUUGUUCAUAGGUAGUUGCAGUCGGAAAAUGGGGAAAACUGUUGCUGUUUGCCAGGUUGGUGGUGAGUUUGUAACAAACAGUGAUGGAUCUAUGUCAUAUACUGGUGGAGAAGCACAUGCAAUACCAGUUGUUCCCAGCAUGAAAUUUGAUGACUUCAAGUCAGAGAUAGCAGAAAUGUGCAAUCGUGAUGCGAGUACCUUAUUCAUAAAGUACUUCCUCCCAAGCAAUAGACGGACUCCGAUCACAAUAUCCAAUGAUAAGCAAAUGCAGCGCAUGAUUGAUUUUCAUGGAGAUUCAGUGACAAUAGAUGUUUUCGUUUUGGAUGGAGAGACCAUUGCUCAGAACAAUGAUAAAACAAAUAACAACAGGGAAAACAGGGCCACAAGUAGAACAAGUAGACCCGCAAGUAGGACCACAAAAAGGGCUGCAGCCACUGACUCCAUCACGCAAACUCCUACAACCAUUGACAAUGAUAGGAAAGGAAGGAGAACUACUGUCACUGAUCCAGUGGCUUCAAAUGCUGUCAUGGCUGCCCCUGCCAGUGGUGAUAGCAUCGCAAGUAGGACCAGGAGCAGGAUUACAGCAGUUUCCACUACAGUCACUGACCCAACCACCCCAAUUGCCACCACCGCUGCUGUUGGCAAUGAUAAACGACCAGCACAAUACAGUUCACCAGGAAACACCAUCAUUGACGUAGGCCAAGAAUUUAAUAGUGUCAGUGACUUCCGUGAUGCAUUACGUAGGUAUGCCAUUGUAAAAGGGUUUGUAUGUAUAUACAUUAAUAAUGAAAAUGCCCGUGUGACUGCCAAAUGUAGAGCUGAGGGCUGCCCAUGGCGGGUGCAUGCUUCCAGACUUUCAACCAUGCAGAAGUUCAAGAUUAAAACAAUAAACAAUGUGCACACAUGCGAAGGUGGGGUUGGAAAAGAUGGCCAUCCUUAUGCAACAAGGCUCUGGGUUGCGAGCAUUAUAAAAGACAAGCUACGAGAUAAGCCACAGUAUACGCCGAAGGAAAUCGUGAAUGACAUAUAUCAGGAGUAUGGAGUCAAUCUGAAAUAUCAUCAGGCAUGGAGUGGGAAGGAGGUGGCCCAGGAGCGGCUUCAAGACUCCCAGUCAGAAGCAUAUAGUCAGUUGCCUUGGUUCUGCAAUAGGAUAAAGGAGACGAAUCCAGGUAGUAUUGUAACUCUGACAACAACAGAGGAGUCGAGGUUUCACCAGCUUUUCAUUUCAUUUCAUGCUUCACAGCAUGGGUUUGAGAACGGUUGCCGCCCCCUCAUUCUUCUUGACGGGACAUCUCUAAGAGAGAAAUGCCGAGGGACAUUGUUAGCUGCAGUAUCAGUUGAUGGGGAUGAUGCUAUCUUUCCCAUUGCCUUCGCUAUAGUGGAUUUUGAAUCCUAUGAUAAUUGGAUUUGGUUUUUGACUGAAUUGAAAUCGGCAGUGUCGACAAAUCGGACCAUAACAUUUGUAUCUGAUAGGCGCGACGGUUUAGAGGAGGCUGUGCCGCAGGUUUUUGAGGGCAGCUAUCAUGCCUACUCUCUGCAUCACCUUACCGAGGACUUCAAGCGUGUGUUGAAGGGCCCGUCACAGCCAGUGAAGGAUGCGCUGGCCGAUGAGAUUAAACAUGCUGCUUACUCGUGCAGCAUUACUGAUUUCAAUGCUCACAUUGGCAGCAUCCAGAAUUUCUCGCACGAUGUCACAUCGUGGGUCUUGGAAAGCAAGCCUGAUCAUUGGUCGAAUGCAUUCUUUAAGGGCUUGCGAUAUGAUCACCUAUCAUCGAAUGUUGCAGAGUUGUUCUACGGUUGGAUAUCAGAGGAGCGUGAACUAUCAAUAAUUCAGAUGAUUGACAUGAUACGGUGUAAGAUGAUGGAGAUGAUUUAUGCCCAUCGAGAGGCUUCAAGCACAUGGUCGACGAUUCUCACACCUUCAAUGGAGCAGAGACUAGCAUUAGAGAUAUACAACUCGCACUCGCUCAGUGUGUUGUUUUCGUCAGGGAGCGUGUUCGAAGUCCGUGAUGAUUCAGUCAACAUUGUGGACAUUGAGACAUGGGAUUGUACAUGCCGGAGAUGGAAGAUGUCUGGGUUGCCAUGUGUUCAUGCAGCUGCAGUUUUCGAUCGCACAGGUAGAAAUACUUAUGAUUACUGCUCACGAUACUUCACAGUCGAUUGUUACCGUUCAACAUACUCCGAAUCUAUACACCCAAUACCGGAUAUAGGAAAUCCUGUUAGUGAGGAUUCUAACACCGAGCUGAUUGUUCGUCCACCCCGCAGCCAUCGUCCACACCGUCCACGUGGCAGGCCAAAAUCGAAGCAGACAGAAGUGCUUGAUCCGAGUAAGAGGCUGAAGCUUCUUCACCAUUGCAGUCAGUGUGGUGGGUGCGGGCACAACAAGAGGAGGUGCAGAGGUGUGUUAUAGUGAAAUCACAAGUGUUAAUUUCAGUUGUAUUUAGGAGCUAUUUAGUUGGAUGUAAAUACUAAUGCCUUGGGGUGAUUGUAUUGUUGUUUGAGUAUUUAGAUGGUUAAAACCAGACUGAAGAUCGA